CAGGGAACACACUACGGGUCGCUUUUGGUUGGGGAAACACUCACAACACUUUAAAAUAUUUUUUUAAGGCAUAUUCUGUGUGUUUUUUAUUUCGGGACGGCGAAUGAAGCAAAUGCGAAGACCGAAAUUAAACGGAAGUGGAACCGUUGACACGCAGACGAGGAGGAGGAGGAACACAGGAAGCAACCAUUGAGUUAUUUUUUAUUUUUUUGGAUACGAAGAAUAUCGAGUUUCUUCACCAAAAUACGGAUUUUAUCGUUUGAAAUCACAUCUUAACUUUACACAUUAUCAUACUGCAGUUUAUUGGAGAAAAACAAGUCAACGAAGAUGCUGAUUAAAGUGAAGACACUCACAGGCAAAGAGAUAGAGAUUGACAUAGAGCCCACAGAUAAGGUGGAGCGGAUUAAAGAAAGGGUGGAGGAGAAAGAGGGGAUCCCUCCGCAGCAGCAGAGGUUGAUCUACAGUGGAAAACAGAUGAACGAUGAGAAAACAGCGGCAGACUAUAAAAUCCAGGGGGGCUCUGUUCUCCAUCUGGUGCUUGCUCUGCGAGGAGGACAGGCGCUCCACUCUCCCAGAAGCCUGUGCUCCAAGCCUGCGUGGUAGCCGUCACUUGGAAACAUGCCUUAGCUUUUGCGAUGCCUACACUGAGCGGAUACGCCGGAAGACACGAGGGCCACCGGUUGCGGAGGAUUGUAGGCAACACACAGAGCCGUUGGUAGAAAGAGUUAGGUUCUACUUGUUGCAGCCAAAAAUAUGCUGUAGGACAAACACUUCCCCCACUGUAACAUUGCUCUGAGACCCUUCACACGUUAAAGCCCUCGCAGAGAAGGCAAACUUACUCUCAGAAUUAAAUUAAACUAAAGAUUUCACAACCUAGAGCUCAUUUGGCUGCUACAUUACAGGAGACUACUGUACAGUGUUCAAGCCUCUGUCGCUUUCUGUGGCUCUGCAUGCAAGCACAGUGUUUAUCUUUGUUCCACUGAUGAUAAUACAGAGAUUACUGUAGCUUGGAGAUUCUUCAAGGAAAGCCUAUCCUCAGACCGUAGCCCUUCGCCUUCAGAGCGUGACACAAUUUAAGGUUUACCUUUUUCUGCUUCAUCCACGUUUUAUUCUGUUCUCUACCAAUUGCCCACUUUAUUUUUCUGGGGGCUUACUGCGCGUAUCAACAUAUCGAAACACAUUUUCUUGUGUGGCGCACUCGUGUAGCUCGGGUUGGGAAUAAACAGUGUGUUUAAAAAAGUUUUACAUUUUUCAUUAACACAUAUUCGCUUUCUGGCAGAAAGAAGAUAGAUACCACUUUUAUAUUUGUCCGUUAAAUAAAAGGCAACAUUUAAAAUGACAGAUGGCUGUUGGAAGAUAUAAUUUGUUAAUUAGUGGGCUUGGUAGGUACAUUUUGUUACCAUUGGAUACAGCCAGGCGAGCUGUUUAUUUAAUGGACAGAGAAUGAUAAAAACAAGUGUGGUAUCGACCUUCUCAUCUAACUCUCCGCCAUAAAGCGAAUUAGAGUAUUUCUCAAAGAGGUCAAACUAUCACUGUUAGGGGAAACUUUCUGGGUCAGGAAAACCUCCUGCCACUUAUCUUAAAUCAUGUACCACAUCGUUUGCUUUAUACAUGCUUCAUAAGUAGACUGAGUGUGUCCAUUCAGGAGGAUAAUGUUUUAUAUAAUUUCACAUGAAUUUAAUUUGUUGAGAUUUAUUAGUUUUUGUGCUGAUUGCACAUUUUACUGUUAUGAAGACAAGGAAAGUGUCAGCUGUGGUCUUGUCCGACAAGGGCUUCAGUUUACACACCGGUAGAUAUUGUUUGUUUUUAUGUUGCUGUGUCAGCGCCCAAAUGUACAGAAUUGACCUAUGCUGUGGAUUAGUUUGUCAGUAGAAUAAACUCAUGUGGAAAAUACCUCA